CCCCCCCGCACACACCAUGUUCCAGUGGCGAAAGUUCCAGUUCUUCAAUGAACAGGUGGUGCGCGACGAGGACGAGCCGGCGGCUCCGCACCGUGGGCUGGAAGACGUCGUCCGCGACGUGGCCUGUGCCAGUUCCGGCAGAGGCAAGCUCCUGGUUGGAGGUACCGGUGGCAUUGUGCGGGUCGUGGAUCGCGCCUUUGUCAUCGAUGUGUAUCAGCUGUACAACAAGUCGAUCACACACAUCCACCAGCUCAAGUCGGCUGAUCUGCUCGUCACCGUCGGCGUCGACUCGGAUCUCGGCGAGGCCGUGCUCAAGAUCUGGUCGUUUGUCAAGCUCGACCGGCACGGCUCGCCCACCGAACUCAAAAGCUGGCCCAUCCGUGCGCCGUCGUCGCGGGCAUCGUCGGCACUGGCAGCGGCACCACUGCAGGUAACCACGCUUGCGGUGCUUGAAAACUUGUCGCAGAUUGCGCUCGGGCUCGCCGACGGCCGGGUCCUGGUGGUGCGUGGCAACGACGUCUCGCGCGACCGGUCGCCCAAGCUGGUCUUCCUCACUCCGCCGGCCGAAGUGCCUGCGCCGGUGACCGGGCUGGGCUGGCGGAUGUUUUCGGGUGCCCCGUUGCUGUUUGUGGUGACGACAUCGCUUGUGACAGCCUUCUACACCGGGCACGGCGACCAUGCCGACACGCUCGACUACCAGGGCGUGGGGCUCGGCAACACGGUGAUGACGUCGGACGGCUCGAUUGUGCUGGGGCGGCCCGAGGCGUGCUUUUUCUACGAGGCCGAGGGCCGCGGCCCGUGCUUUGCCUUUGACGUUGAUGGUGAGAAGAAGAUGCUCUUCUGGUUCCGCACUUUUCUUGGCGUGGUGUACCAGGUUGUGCGUGGCUCCAAGACCCUCGACUGGCUGUACAUCUACGAUCUCAAGAACCAGCUGGUGGCGUACAACGCCAAGUUCAAGUCGCCGGUCACCCACGUGCUCUCCGAAUGGGGCAUGCUCCUUGUCUUUACCGCCGACGGCGAGGUUCACCAGCUCCUCGAGCGUGAUACCCAGACCAAGCUCGACUUGCUGUUCAAGAACCACCUCUAUCCGAGGGCAAUUGACCUGGCGCAGGCACAGGGUAUGAACGCUGCGAACCUUGCGGAGAUCUACCGGCGAUACGGUGACCACCUGUACUCGAAGCGCGACUACACACGGGCCAUGGCCCAGUACCUGCACACCAUCGGCUCGCUCGAGCCGUCGUACGUCAUCCGCAAGUACCUCGACGAGCAGCGGAUCCACAACCUGACCACGUAUCUACAGGCGCUCCACGAGAAGCGGCUGGCCAACGAGGACCACACCACGCUCCUCCUCAACUGCUACACCAAGCUCAAGGACGAGUCCAAGCUCGACGAGUUUGUCAAGCAGCCGGCCCACGAGGUGGCCUUUGACGUCCCCACCGCCAUCAAGGUCUGCCGCCAGGCCGGGUACUCGAUGCACGCGCUCUUUCUCGCCCGCCGCUUCAACGAGCACGACGCGUUCCUCAAGAUCCAGCUCGAGGACCUCUCGACCGGCAACAACGACGGGUACGUCCAGGCCCUCGAGUACAUCCAGACGCUCUCGUUUGACGAGGCCAAGGCCAACAUGAUCAAGUAUGGCAAGACGCUUGUCGAGCGGCUCCCGGAGCUCACCACCCAGGUUCUCAUGGCGCUCUGCACCGACUACACGCCCAAGGCACCGGCCGGUGGACUCUCGUCGCGGCUCGACGACGACGACGACGAUGGCUCACCGUCGCGCCGCCGCCGCCGCAAGAAGCGCGGCGCUGACGGCGGCGAGAGCACCGAGCCACUCCAUGACGUCAUGGCUGGGCCGUCGGGCGAUGGACUUCCGCCGCCGUCGAGCGGUGGCGCACCGGUCCUCGACGACCGGGCCGCGCUGCUCGGCACGGCCGACGUGGCGCCCGGCACCCGGACCGGCGUCUCGGUCUCGCACCGCAAGUCGUCGGCGGCGCCGACCAUCCGACGGGCCGACGCCGAAGACUUUGUCCACAUCUUUGUCAACUCAUCGUACUGGCUCACAGUCUUUCUCGAGUACCUCGUGUCCGAGCGUGUCUCGUCGUCGCCCACGGUGUACAACACGCUGCUCGAGCUGUACCUGACCGACGACGCCAAGUCUGACGUGCUCCGCGACUUGACCGAGGCGCAGAUUGCGGCGGUGCGCGAGCACAAGGCGUCGCAGGCGAUGGAGCUGCUGCGGAACCCCAACUCGCAGUACUCGGUGGAGCAGGCGCUCAUUCUUUGCAAGAUGUACGACUUUCGGCCCGGGACGCUUCUCCUGCUCGAGAAGCUGCGGCUGUUUGAGGAGAUUGUGCAGUUUUACAUGGAAGAGAACAACUAUGAGGCCAUUCUCUCGGUGUGCCGGAUGCACGGUGAAAAGUCGCCAAACCUGUGGAUCAAGGUCCUUUCGUACUUUGCCACGCGGGCAGACGCCGGCCCGCACAUCAUUUCGGUCCUGGACGCGGUCGACUCGUCGAACCUCCUUCCGCCGCUGCUGGUGGUGCAGACGCUCGCCACGUCGGAUGUGGCCACACUCGAGUGUGUCAAGGACUUUAUCCAGGGCCGGCUCUCGGCGCAGAACGCGAUGAUCGACGACGACACGGCGACCAUCAAGUCGCUGCGCGAGGAGACACUCAGGAUGCGGUCGGAGAUCGAGGAGCUGCAGACGUCGGCCAAGAUUUUCCAGCUCUCCAAGUGCUCGCGCUGCUCGUCGGCGCUUGAUCUGCCGGCGGUCCACUUUCUCUGCAUGCACUCGCUCCACCAGCGAUGCCUUCUCGACUCGGAGGACGAGUGCCCGAUCUGUGCCAAGGACAACCGCCACGUCCGCCAGUACAAAGCCUCGCUCGAGGCCAAGGCCCACGACCACGACCUGUUCUUCGGCAAGCUCGAGGCUGCGCCUGACGGCUUUGCCGUCGUCGCUGACUACCUCGGCCGUGGCAUCUUCAACAAGCCGGUCAUUGUCGGCGACUCGCGCCGCAUGCGCGACGCCGGCCUCUCCGACGCUGAAAUGCGCGCCAUGCUCCUCCAGUAA